AUGAAGGAUGAUGAGACAUUUGAUGCUUUCUAUGCAAAACUAAAUGAUAUCGUCAACUCUCGCUUUAAUCUAGGGGACAGAAUUCCUGAGAAUAGAGUUGUGAGAAAAGUUCUCAGAUCUCUUCCUGAGAGAUUUCGUCCUAAGGUUACGGCUAUUGAGGAAAGCAAAGAUGUGGAUACUAUGAGAAUUGAAGAAUUGGCAAAAGAAAGAGCAAAAAUUGCAUCCCUAAGUGAGAGUGAAUCGGAGUCAAGUGAUUCAUCAGGGAACUCUUCCCCAAAAAGAAAUCUGAAUUACAUGGCAUUCACUGUCUCGGUAGAUAGCAAAAGUCAACACAGUGAAAAUGUGUCGGAUGAUGAUAGCAAGUCUGGAAAUGAAUCUGAAUAUGAAGAUGAGCUGCAAGAAGUUUGCUUGGAAGAUGAGUUAAAAGCUCAUGAAAGUGAAAUAAACUUGUUGAAGGAAAAGCUGAAAUCCUUCUCCAGCAGGAAACAAAAGUUGGAUGAAAUUCUAAGCUUUGGAAAGCCCCACAGUGACAAGAGUGGUCUGGGAUAUGGUGCAGUAAAAUCUGAGACUGCAACCACCUCAAAGGUCUCCCACAAAAAUGAGAAGAAGACUGUGUUUGUUCAUGAAUCAGCUGUCAAUGGAAAGACUAACCCAUCUGACAAGGGAAAAUCUCAUGUCCAAAUGGGUGUUCUGUCUCAUGUGAAACCAAGAAUUAGAAAUGCAAGACCUAUUUGUCACCACUGUGGUAAAACAGGUCAUGUUGUAACGGAGUGUUUUAAGCUGAAAAGAUACAUCACGUAUGAACAUACACCUUCUCAAAGCAAAAGUGUGCACCCUCCAAACAUGGGUAAACGUCUCAUAACUGCUCCUAAGUAUACCUCUUCAUUCAGGAGACAAAGAGAUAGCAAAGAAAACUGUGUGUGUCAUAAUUGUGGUAGGGCUGGCCACAUCCGACCAAAUUGCUAUGAGCUUAGGAAGAAUCACAUGAAAAAUGGAGAUAGACAACCAAGAAGAGGGCAUCUGAAUCUUUGGAGUCAAGUGAUGGCCUUAACUAGGCAAAAUGAGAUGCUGAAUGUCAAGUUAGACCAACUGUCAACUACCAAAAAGGGUGGCUCUCCAAAAGUUAGAAAGAUGUGGGUCAGAACUGGAGAAAGAAACACAUGUCAUGUGGCACACAUUGCUCUAAAGACUAGAGACACAUAUGUGUGGUACCUUGAUAGUGGAUGCUCGCGUCACAUGUCAGGUGAUAGGAGUUUGUUUAAAACUGUUGAGGAAUACAAGUGUGGAACAGUAACUUUUGGAGAUGGUGGAAAAGCUGAUAUAGUUGGAAAAGGUGAAAUUGAUAUACCUGGACUACCCGUCUUGAGGGAAGUACUGUUUGUUGAUGGAUUAAAAGCAAAUCUUCUCAGCAUAAGUCAAAUGUGUGACAAUGGUGCUGAGGUUCGCUUUUCAAAAGAAAAAUGCAUUGUUUCAGAUAAUGAUGGAAACUGCAUGAUGCAGGGAACGAGGACAUCUGACAAUUGUUAUGGCAUCACUCCUAAUUUUCAACAUAGUUGCAACAGUGCUAAGAGUGAGGCAACAGACCUGUGGCACCAAAGACUUGGACACGUGAAUCAUAAAAAUCUGUCCAAGAUUGCCAAGAAAGAUAUGGUGAUAGGAUUGCCUGAGCUGGGUAAAGUGGAGACUCCUGUGUGUGGGUCAUGUCAAUUGGGAAAACAAGUUAGAACAGCUCACAAGAAAACUACGGCUAUCCUAACUGAACAACCUUUGGAGUUAUUGCACAUAGAUCUUAUGGGACCCUCUAGAACUGAAAGCCUGGGGGGAAAGUGA